AUGAGGGGAUGCCUCACAUGUCGUCUGCGCCAUCUGAAAUGUGAUAAAUCCGGUUUGAAAUGUCUCCGCUGCCAACGAUCUGGCCGCGAAUGUGUGCCGGCUCCCGGCAAGUCGGAAGAAGUGUCAUUUCGACAUGGUCAAAAUCCUUCGUUAAGAGGAAAAGGACCCCCAAGAUAUGGCGAGAGUGACCUUGCCUUUCCGGAGGAUCAGAUAUGGGUUGAGACUUGCUCGGAGUUCGACUUCAAGGAUGAAACAGAUCAGACCGCGGCUGAAUACUAUGUUAUACCUGUAGCAAGGCAACUAUCAGCAUCACGAUCACCAUCUGAAGCUCGUUCAACGCCUUCAUCAGCGAUGGAUUCAUCUAUGGCAACCCCAAACCUGGUUAUUCCUUACUCACGACUUGGCUCGCGGUCCAACUCCGCAACCUCGCAUUCAUCGACUCCGACACCUGUCAACCGCCCCAAACUGACUGAUAUCAACGAGGCGUAUCUUUUGCGCCAUUUCCAAAAGCACCUCGCACCAUGGCUUGACGCAUGCGACCCUCGUCGACACUUUUCAACCGAUGUAGUCGAACGAGCGACCACAUCUCCUCUACUUCUAUAUGCAUGUCUUGCAGUAUCAGCCUGCCACCUAUCCCGAACAACAAGCAAUUUCCCAACGGACCUCGAAGACAUGUAUCAUGAACGCUGCAUCUCCAUCAUGCUCCCAGUCCUCGACAAACAGGAAUUCGAGAUUGGCAUCGACAUUCUCAUUUCAUCAACAGUAAUGCUCCGAUUCUUCGAACAAGUCUCCUCCUGCAACCCAUCAAACGACUAUCAACGCCACCUCCUAGCCGGCUCCGUCUACAUAAGCUCACACGUCGACUGCGCCAUAUCUGGCGGCCUAGCGACAGCCUCCUUCUGGCUCUUCGUGAUCCAAGACAUCCAAUUUGCACUUACGUACCAAAAAUGCCUCCGGCUAACCUUCGCCCCGUUCGACGAUGUUCUCCGCCGAUGGUGGGUCACCAAGCCCGUCCUGAGCGACGGCGAUUGGACCAACCGCGCGAUCUGGUUGUUGGCCGAGACGGUGGAUUUCUGCUGGAAUGUCUCGGGCCGAAACUACGGGGGCCGACUUGGCUCCGUGGGGGAACAGGCGCUUCGGCAGAGAAUUCUCGAGUGGGAACUUAGCAGGCCGGAGUCUUUCGCGCCUUUGCAUGUUACGCCGCCGGAUCGUGCUAGGGGGAAGCCGUUUCCUGUGGCGUGGUUUACCAGUUCUUGGCAUGCAACUGCUAUACAGCAUGUCUGCCUUGCCAAGGCAUUAAUGUUCAUUCGUGAACUGGAGACCUGGAGUCCCAAAAUGAGACAUCUGGAACAACCCGUCAAAUUAAAGCAUGACCUCAUAGAAAACCUCUACUUCAUUUUCGGAAUCGCCCUUUCCGCCGACGAUGAUCCUCCCCUACGAAUCACAGCCUCCCACGUCCUGCGUGGCUUCCACGACAUAGGCGGUUCAUGGAUCGACGACCCCCUCGCCCAAAAUCUAAUCUUCGACCUUCUCCAACGCAUAGAGAGGGAAAAUGGCUGGCCGUUAGCCCACGUACGAGAAAAGGCCGUUGAAUUCUGGCGCCCGAUAUAA